AUGUUAGCCAUAACUGAAUUGCUUUGGUGGGUGAGACUGUGUGUGCGUGUGCCUCCUUGUCUGUGUCUCUUUCUCUUUCUCUCUCUGUCCAAAAUCUGUAUCUCAUAGGUUUCGGGUCAUUGUAAUUGAAAUUCUUCUUUCCUUUGCAGUGCAGAAGUGAUGAUGAAUCACGUGCUAUAGCUACGAUAUCAUUAAUUUCAUAUACUAAUAUAUAAAUAAUGAAAAAUCUCUCCUUACCCUUUUCUCUCACUCUUGCUCUCUCCAAUCUCUUUUCUACCUCUUUAUUUCUUCUCUUUAUAAAAAGCCUCCAUGUAUUUCAUUCCUUUCCUUUUCUACUCUUUCUACUCCAUGUGAUAAAAAGAGCAAAUUAAUUUCAUCUAUGCCUUAAUUUGGAACAAAUAAAUAUACAUAUACCAUAAAAUAUUGCGUGGUGUUUAUCUGAAAACAAUUAGUUCAUUAUUUAUUCUUCUCUCUUUUUUUUUCAUUGUUUAUUUUGUAUCAGGAUUGUUAUGUGAGAAAACUAUGAAAUUAGCUUCAAUUCUUAAGAGUUGAUUCACAGGGCUGAAAGGUAAAGCUACCACAAAUAGUGUUGAAUGUUGGUUUUAUAUAUGUGGCGUAUGAAAGUUGUUCAUUUGUGAGCAUGUUUUGUUUUGUGCUAUGUUGAGAUGUGUUCUAAUGGGAUUAAGGUGUGUGAGUUUUUUAUUUUUUAUUUAUUAUUUAUUUGGAUGUGAUUGUGAACUUUGAAAGGCUAACACAAACCAACCAACAUGUGUGCUAGUCUCUUUUCAGUGUGAAGUAACAAAGCAAAAGAAAAUUGGUUUACACAAAAAAAACCCGAUGGCGACGUACUUUCAUAGUAAUUCAGAAAUCCAAGGUGGUGCUGAUGGCCUUCAAACUCUUAUACUCAUGAACCCUGGCUAUUUACACUACUCAGACACGCCGCCGCCGCAGCCUCCGCCACCACAUGGCGGAAACCUUGUAUUCCUCAACUCUGCUGCCACUAUGGCCGGAAAUAACUCUCUUGCCUCACAAAGUAUCUCUCACGCGCCGCCCUCUCACACCCAACAAUUUGUCGGCGUGCCACUCUCUUCUGCCUCCGAGGAGCCGUCCAUACAUGCCCAUCACGACGUCUCCGCCUUGCAUGGGUUCCUGCCACGCAUGCAGUACAAUCUAUGGAACUCAAUAGACCCCAACGCAGCGGCGGCGGCGGCGCGUGAGACAUCACGCGCAGCCACUCAGGGACUGUCGCUGAGCCUGCAGGCUCAGCCGCCUGCAGUGUCCUGCGACGAGGUGCGCGUGUCUGGUGGGUCACCAUCUUCUGCUUCUGGGGUAACCAAUGGUGUUUCGGGUAUUCAGAGUGUGCUUAUGAGUUCCAAGUAUUUGAAGGCAACCCAGGAACUUCUUGACGAGGUUGUGAAUGUUAACAAUGGCAUCAAGGAACCUGCAAAGAAGGGAUUUGACAAGAUUAAGGUUGUUGGGGAAUCAUCAACUGGAGCUAGUGGAGACGGUUCAAUUGGUGGGGAUGGAAGUGGAAAGCUUAGCUCUGAGAUAUCAACUAAUGAGAGACAAGAAAUUCAGAUGAAGAAAGCAAAACUAAUCAGCAUGCUUGAUGAGGUGGAACAAAGGUAUAGGCAAUACCACAACCAGAUGCAGAUUGUGAUUUCAUUGUUCGAACAAGCUGCGGGAAUUGGUUCUGCCAGAACAUACACUGCUCUUGCAUUGCAAACAAUCUCUAAGCAGUUUCGGUGUUUGAAAGAUGCUAUAACAAGCCAAAUUAGAGCUGCAAAUAAGAGCUUAGGAGAAGAGGAUUGCUUUGGAGGCAAAAUUGAAGGUUCGAGGCUGAAAUAUGUAGACAAUCAGCUACGGCAACAACGAGCUAUCCAACAAUUGGGAAUGAUCCAUCACAAUGCUUGGAGACCCCAAAGAGGAUUGCCUGAAAGAUCAGUUUCUGUCUUGCGUGCUUGGCUCUUUGAACACUUCCUCCACCCUUAUCCCAAGGAUUCAGACAAACACAUGCUUGCAAAACAAACAGGGCUUACCAGGAGCCAGGUUUCAAACUGGUUCAUAAAUGCUCGAGUUAGGCUUUGGAAGCCAAUGGUGGAAGAAAUGUACGUAGAGGAGAUGAAGGAGAAUGAACCUAAUGGGUCUGAGGACAAAUCAAGCAAGAGUGGUGAAGAUUCUGCUAUGAAAAAACCAACUCCACAAGAGAGGUGUCCUACUUCUGAAACUGAAUCUAAGAGUUUCAAUUCCAAACAAGACAUUUCUAAAAUCCAGAACAAUAAUCCAAUAGUUUCAGUUUCUACACCAUCAACAUCACCUGUUAUGGGAAAUGUCAGAAACCAACCAGGAUUCAGCUUCAUUGGAUCAUCAGAACUAGAUGGAAUCACACAAGGGAGUCCCAAGAAACCAAGGAACCAUGAAAUUCUGCAGUCACCAAAUCGUGUCUCUUCAUUUAACAUGGAUGUCAAACCCAAUAAUGCAAACAAUGAACAACUCUCCAUGAAAUUUGGAGAUGAGAGACAGAGCAGAGAUGGCUACUCUUUCAUGGGAAACCAAACAAACUUCAUUGGUGGUUUCGGACAAUACCCAAUUGAAGAAAUUGGUAGGUUUGAUGCAGAGCAAUUCACACCAAGGUUUUCUUCAGGUAAUGGAGUUUCCCUCACUCUUGGUCUUCCUCAUUGUGACACAUUAUCAGGAACCCAUCAAACAUUUCUCCCAAACCAGAACAUUCAACUAGGAAGAAGAUUGGACAUGAGUGAACCAAACGAGUUUGGUGCCAUAAGCUCUUCCACUUCUCACUCUUCUUCAGCUGCAUUUGAGAGUAUCAAUAUGCAGAAUCCAAAGAGGUUUGCUGCACAAUUAUUGCCAGACUUUGUGGCUCAAAUAAGACAUUGAAUGGAGAUAGACUUUGCUGCAUAAUUUCUUGUAAUCCUAGUGUAAAAAGAAAGAAGGGAUUUUACUAUAGUAUAGGUUGAUACCCUGCAUAGAACCAUUUGAGUUCUUAGAUAGCAUAGGGAUUUGACAGUAUAUAUAUGGUUGAGGUUGUAUAUUAUUUUUGUAAGUUUUGAAGAUGGGAUACAUGGGUUGGUGUCAUAAAGUUUCAAUUGGUAAACAUAACAAUAUAUCUUCGAUUGAAGAGUACAUGUAAUGUGAUAUUUUGCAAAU